AUCCAUGUGUACCACCAAGUUUUAUCUAUGUUACUAUCAUUACAUAUUCUGAAAUUAAAAGUUACAUAGUAGUUUUACCAAUAGUAAGGAUAAUUUAUUUGAUCUUGUGUUCGUGGUUUUAUAUCCAAUAAAUUUAGGUAUAGUUGGUAGAAAAUUACUUUUUGAUCUCAAGAUCAUGGCUGAAUCAAAACUGGAGAUUUCGAGUCUUUACCCUACCUUGCAAAAGAAGUUGUAAACAUAGUUACUAAUACAAAUUAACUGUAAAAUAACAGAGUUUAACUGUAAAAGAACAGAGUUAUACUUCACGACUUGCCUCAGACCAAUUAAAUGCUUUCAGUUCUUGGCACCUCUAUUAUUGAUUGUGCAAAUUUAUUACUGGUAAAUGAUGGGCUUCAAAUGAAUCAUUUAAUCAUUAUAAUAAAAUAUAAGUACAAAAAUAGAAAAAAAGGAGAGAAGUCCAAUGAAAAACACACAGCAAAACCACUCUAAGACAAUCGUGUUACUAACUAAUGACUAAUAUUAUAAGUAGUUCCAUGGAAGUGAUUGGUAGCAUACCUUAGCUUGGCCCAACAUUGGCUUAUUUGGGGGCCAAGCAUUGAACUUUUGAUUCAUUAUCAUUAAUCUUGGGAAACUUUCUCGAAAGGUGUAUAACUUCAAGUCAUUGGUCUGUUUACAUGGAUACAUAUAAUGAUAUACAUCUUCUCUCAGGCAAGUUUGAAGUUUUAUUUCUUUGUCACCAUUUUUCUUAUCGAACCAACCGCUUGGGUUGGAUUUGUUUUUCAAGUAGGUAAGAAAAACUGCCCUACUAGCUAAAACUUGCACGGUCAAUCUGGUCCAAGUUUAGGAGUUUAGCGGAAUAGUAAGAUCUAUAUCUCGAAGUGUUCAUAGUAAGACUGAACCCCUAAUCUCAAGGUUGAAAGAUGUAAUUAUUCACUAAGCCAAGCUUAGCGUGGUAAUCGCUUUAGAUGGUUCAGUGCUAGAGUAUUUUGUAGUCAGACUAGUUACAUGUAUGCUCACUUUGAAUUUUAAUUGGAAGCUUUGUCGUUAUAUAGAAUUGAUGAUUGUUGAAUUUAUUUAACAAUUCCCUACUACUGUCAAUUAGAAAUUGCAAGUACAUACGCCGUAUAAUGGUUAAUGGUUACCCCUUAACAAUCUCUCUUUUGAGUCAAAUGUUCCUUCCAAAAAUCAUCCUUUGGUUUAUAUGAAUCACCGCAAUUCUCAAAUCUCAAUUUGCAUUCAAAUCGAUUUUUUCUUAUAGCUUCACUCAGUCAAAUAUUAGAUUUAUUGUGACUUCAAUUUUCAAUGUCCUCCCCCCUCCCCUUUUGAUGUCCUUGUCAUUGUCUUUUUAAUUAUGAACUUGAUAGAAGAAUUACUUAAGUGGGAGUGAUUAUAGUGAUGCUGAAUUCGAUGUUUUAAUUAAGGCAAUUACUCCAUAUUUUUUAUAUUGUAUACCGAUGGCAAACAAAAUCUUUUAUUACUAUUUCAGUUAUACUAAGUUCAAAUCGGAUAAGUUAAGUAUAAUAAGUUCCUACAAGUAACAUAUGAUAAGUUCGAGUCUAAUAAGUUUAGAACGAUAAAUUAUGGUCUAUUAAGUUCAGAUGAGCUAUGUUACUCAGAUUUGGUUAAUUGUGUCUAACAUAAGUACGUGCCCAAGUGUCGGACUCUACUAUUUUUGUGAAUUUUGUUCAUGAUUUUGACCCUAAAUGAAGUGUCUAAAUGACCUACCCAUGUCUAAGUUUUCAUGAUCCGAUACCGAAACUAGAAGUGAAAUGAAGAGUUCGAAUAACAUAUCAUAGUGAGAUAAAAUAAAAUUUAGUCUAAUUAGUCUAAUAAUAUAAAUUUAAAUAAGAUAAAUUCGUGUCUUAUAGGUUCUGAGAUCAUGAUUAAAUAUUGCAAUUUUUUUUUUUUGGAGAGAGACCUUUAGUUAUUUUUCAAUGGACAGACAUGAUUAGCUAUUGCAAAUAAGAUUAGCACAAAUCAUGUAAUUAUAAUUAGAGGGAGAAGAGGCAGUAGGCCAGUAGCAGUAGGGUCUACAGUUGGAGUAAAGCAAUAGGAGGACUGGAGGAGGAUCUUACCCGUCUUGAAAGCCUUGUAGUAAUAAAAUCUACCACGACUCACGAGUUCUAAUAAUUAUUAUUAUAAUGAUAAUAAUGAAAUCAAAAGGUCUUUGGAAAAGCGUCAUUUGACGCUGAGCGGGCAGUGGGGUACGUGGCUAAUGAGCGUUGAUAUGACAGCUAAUGUGAAUCCUCAAAGCAAACACACAGUCUCCGGAAAAUGAUAGUUUUCCCUUGUGUGUGUAUGCAUAAAAUGCGUACCAAUAUCAUACAACUCAAACUUAUUACUCCGUACUGAUUUAUUGUAAUUACAGAAAAUAAUUAAAUACAUUAGCAAAAUACAAAUCUAACUUUUUACUGUAUAAUCAAGAUUGAGGUCAUUUUAAGAGAGAAAAAAGGGUGAUUACUAAAUUAGUUUGUCAUGUAAGAGUAUGGAGUAACUAAUAAACUUAAAUUUUGCAAAAUAAUAAUUCGAAUGAAAUGAUGAACUAUUAUAAUACUAGCUAUUUAAAUCAAAAAGUAAUGUAAUGAGAUGGAUAACGUUAUCAAGAAAUGUGACUCACUAGUCCUCCUUUUAUUAAUUUCCUAUUGAUCCCAUUUUUGAGGUACGGAUUUAGUAUAAUAAUCGUGAUUAGUACUCCGUAAUUAAGUAUGGAUGUCAUUAGGACAAUUAUAGAAGUAUUAUUAUUAUGACAAGAAGAGAUUAUGUGAUCUUUAGUGCUAAAACUUCUCCAAAUAGGAGGGACACGUUGCCUAUGUUAUAAACUAAGGACGGCACCGAAUCCUUUUGACUUCCGCUGUAUGUCAGCCUCCUUCCCUUUAUAUAAACCCCCUUGUACCCUCAUAAGGACCCUACAAUAUUUUUGCUUGAUUUUCUACAAACAUUUAUUUUCCCCCCUUCUAAAACUAAAAAACCUCUUUCUCUCUCUAAGAAAAACACCUCUAUCUUUAGGACACUUUAAAGUUUAAAACUUUUGCCUCUAACUUUAAAGUUUAAAGGACACACAUUCAUCAUGGGUAGAGCACCUUGUUGUGAUAAAAAUGGAUUGAAGAAAGGUCCUUGGACUCCUGAAGAAGACCAAAAACUUAUUGAUUACAUUCAAAAACAUGGUUUUGGUAAUUGGAGAACUCUUCCCAAGAAUGCUGGACUUCAACGAUGCGGGAAGAGCUGCCGUCUACGGUGGACAAACUAUCUCCGACCAGACAUCAAAAGAGGAAGAUUUUCCUUUGAAGAGGAAGAGACCAUAAUUCAACUCCAUAGCAUUUUGGGGAACAAAUGGUCGGCUAUAGCAGCUCGCUUACCAGGAAGAACUGACAAUGAAAUCAAGAAUUAUUGGAACACUCACAUCAGAAAGAGGCUGCUUCGAAUGGGGAUCGAUCCUGUGACCCACAGUCCUCGCCUCGACCUCUUAGAUCUCUCUUCCUUGUUCAACAACUCAUCCUUUUACCAUAACAACACCUCAUCACAAGCUUCUCAGAUGAACAACAUGUCAAGGUUACUUGGGUUUCAACCUUUGGUAAACGUAAACCCAGAACUCAUAAAACUAGCUACCUCACUUCUAUCAAAUCAACGCCAAAACCCUAAUCCUUCCUUAAUGCAAGAUUUCCAAGGAAAUGAUUUUAACUCAUCGCAAAAUAACUUUAACCCAAUGUUACAAACUACUCAAAUUCAAACCCCAAUUCAGAAUCCUCUCCCAAAUUGCACUUCGAUGACGACUACUGCUUCUACUACUGCAUCUAUGACCAUGGAUGCUACACGUCCAUGUGUGCCGUAUUUCGACGAAGCUCAACUAAUGGAGCCUAACUUUGAACAAUAUCCCACGAGUAUCUCAAACCUUGAAUGGCAAAGUAAUGGUUUGGAGGCAAGUUUUGGGUACUAUGAUUCUCAUCAAACUUUUAUGGACCCUUCAUUUUCUGAUAAUUCCACCUUUCAAUCAAAUAUCAGUGGACAUUCAAACUUCUUGAGCUAUGCGCCUUCGGUUAUGUCAACGCCAUCUUCGAGCCCAACACCGUUGAAUUCGGGUUCGAAUUCAACGACGUAUGUCAAUAGCGGAAGUGGGACGGAGGAUGAACCAGAAAGCUAUUGCAGUGGUAUGAUUAAGUUUGAAAUGCCUGAUUUUCUCGAUGUUAAUCAGUUUUUGUUAGCUCAAACCAACUGAUCAUUGUAAUGAUUAAAAAAAAUAUCCAUUUAGUUUUUAUUUUUUUUACUUUUACAUAGAUUUUCUCUCUUUUAUUACUCAAACAUGUUACAUUUUUAUUGUGGAUAUAUUUGAAAGAAAUAUUGUGUAAUUUCAGCUGAUGAAUGCAUAAAGAUUCAAGAUAUC